AUGAGUUCUCAAGAACGUCAAAAUCUCCAGCAAAGCCAAAACCCCAAACAAAUCAAAAACAUAUUGAAAUUUUCAUCUCUAAAAAAAAUGAGUUCCCGAACGCGUCAAAAGUUAAUAUAUGCCGGAAAAUCAUUUGAAGAAAUUUAUUUGUAUGUUCAUACUACUCUGGGAAACUACUAUGCGCUAAGAUCAAUUGAUCUUAGCCAAGCGGCAUAUACCGUGGAGUAUUUGACUUUCCCAUUGAUCGCUAAUGAAGCCAAAGAUUUAUUAAAAUUAAAAGAAUUGGUCUUUAAAAGUGCCCAAGAGCUGGGAAUCAACAUCGAAGGGUCAUCCGAAGUGGAAUUGAUUCCAAAUUUAUAG